AUUAAAAGGCCUAUAUGCUACCUCACAUGGUUUUGUAAUAAUCUCUCUCUCACACACACACUAUAUAAAUACAACUCAAAAGGAAGAGGGACACUUGAACACAAACCCCCCUCUCUUUCCUACUUCCAAAAAUUUCCCAUUUUGUAUCUCUCUCUCUCUCUCUCUCUCUCUAUUUUCCCCCAACGCUUCUUUUAAAUUACCUUUAUUCUUUUGUAAACUAAUUUUGUUAUAUCAUUUUCACUCCUUAUUUUAGUUGAAGAAAAUGGAUCAAUAUUAUGAUACUUGUGAGAGCAAAGGAAUUGGGAAAGUGAGGUGGCAGAGGAGAGGGAGGCGCGGUGGACGGCACGGAGGUGGUGGUGGUGGUUCCGUCCAUAUGAAGAUGAGAAAACUGCAGCGCCUCAUCCCUGGAGGGCGGAGGCUGAAACCGGACCGGUUGUUCUUGAAAACGGCGGAUUAUAUAAUGCAAUUGAGGUCUCAAGUUCAUGUUUUACAAGCACUUUCCAAGAUUUAUGACCCUACACUUUCUAAUUACUGAUAUAAAUUCAUCUCUAUCUUUUUUCCCUUUUUCUCUUAAUCUUUUUUUCAAAUCUAGCUUGUAUCCAGAAAAAUUAAAAAGAAGAAGAAAAAAAUUAAUUGGCCUUUUUGGCCACCUCUAUAUGACAUACAUACACAUUAUAUAUAUGUGUGUGUACUAUGGGAUGAUGUAUGUAUGUUUGUUUAUGUGUAGAUAUCACAUGAUUACAUGAUAUCUACCUACCAAUUUCUUCCUCAGUUGGCUAACUAAGAUUAAUUCAAGGUUCUCUCAGCUUUGUAUACCAUUAUUCAUUUAAAUUUUAUAUUGUGUUUUAGAUA